GGCGGUGAUCUCGACCUGGGUGAGGGGAGGAAGCAGGAUGGAUCAGGGUCGCCUUCAACUCGAGGACCUCCCGAACGGUGCUGCCUGCAGUGUCGGCCUCAGCCAGGUCGUUGGGGUCCAGCGCGCCUCCCCCUUCCCGCAAACCGGACGGCCUGCCUGGCCUUGCCCUUGUCGAUCAGGCGACGGAACUGGCGAAACGUGGCCUCAUUGGCGUCGUCCUUGCCGACAGGCCUGGUGGCCAGGAGGGCGUUGUUGCGCUCAGCCUCCUGUACGAGCUGCUCGAAGUCCCCCUUCUCCCAUUGGUCCACCCGCCGCUCCACCGUCUUGGCGAUGUCCUUGCGAGUGGCAUCUGGCGCCCGAUAGAGAAUCGUGCAUGCAGAUGAGGAUGCGCUCGCUCGCAGCUGCUCCCCACGCCACCGACGGCCCUCGGUGGCAAGCAGCCGGGCCAGCCGCUUCCCCGAAGCGUCCGGCGGAUCCCAGAGACACGUGCCGAGGCGGGCGUGCCAGCGCUGCCAGUCGGUGUCCAU